GUUCCUGUUCAUUUCUCAGAGAGAAGAGACGCAGCGACAGACAGACGCUUCAGAGAAAAAAUGGCUUCUAAAUCAGAGGAGGCUCUCUGCUGUCCGGUCUGUCAGGAGGUCUUCAGAGAUCCUGUUAUUCUGUUAUGUAGCCACAGCUUCUGUAAAGUCUGUCUGGAGAGCUGGUGGACAGAGAAACAAGCACCUGAGUGUCCAAUAUGUAAGACAAUGUCUUCAAUGGAAGAACCACCUUGUAACCUGGUGUUAAAGAACCUGUGUGAGGCCUUCUUACAGGAGAGAGAUCAGAGAGCUUCAGAGGCUCUCUGCAGUCUGCACUCUGAGAAACUCAAAGUCUUCUGUCUGGACCAUCAGCAGCCAGUGUGUCUCGUCUGCAGUGUUUCAGAAAAACACAGCAACCACAGAUUCAGACCCGUCGAUGAAGCUGCACGACAACACAAGAAGGAACUUCAGGAAACUCUGGAGCCCUUAAAGGAGAAGUUAAAGGUUUGUGAACAAGUUAAAGUGAAGUGUGAUCAAACAGCAGAACACAUGAAGGUCCAGGCCCGACACACAGAGAGGCAGAUUAAGGAGCAGUUUAAGAAGCUUCACCAGUUUCUAGAGGAGGAAGAGGAGGCCAGGAUGGCUGCACUGAGGGAGGAAGAGGAGCAGAAGAGUCAGAUGAUGAAGGAGAAGAUGGAGGCUCUGAGCAGAGAGAUAGCAGCUCUUUCAGACACAGUCAGAGCCACAGAGGAGGAGCUGAGAGCUGAAGACGUCUCAUUCCUGCUCAACUACAAGGCUAUGGUAAGACGACAAACUAAAAGAGGCACCAAGAUCCAGACAGAAUGUUUUCCAUACCUGGGAAAUGAACUGAGGGCUACAGUCGGAGACGAUGUCGUCAGGAAGACCGUGGAGGCGGAAAACAUGCUGGACCAUGAGAUCAGCAUUCUCUUGGGCCGAGGGGAGCUUAGGGAGAGUGACAAAGUGGGCGGCCUUAGAGAAGCGGUCAACAACAGGGAGGAUGAUGGUGUUACCUUGGGAGAGAGGCAAGUUGGGAAUGACCAGGGACAGGCAGGGGACGCAGGAGCCCGGGCACAGGACGAUGGGAGGACUUGGAACGGGAACACGAAACAGUUUGUUCCUGUUCAGUUCUUAGAGAGAAGAGACGCAGCAACAGACAGACGCUUCAUCAGAGACAAAAUGGCUUCUAAAUCAGAGGAGGAACUCUGCUGUCCGGUCUGUCAUGAGGUCUUCAGAGAUCCUGUUGUUCUGUUAUGUAGCCACAGCUUCUGUAAAGUCUGUCUGGAGAGCUGGUGGAGACAGAAACAAGCACCUGAGUGUCCAAUAUGUAAGACAAUGUCUUCAAUGGAAGAACCACCUUGUAACCUGGUGUUGAAGAACCUGUGUGAGGCCGUCUUACAGGAGAGAGAUCAGAGAGCUUCAGAGGCUCUCUGCAGUCUGCACUCUGAGAAACUCAAAGUCUUCUGUCUGGACCAUCAGCAGCCAGUGUGUCUCGUCUGCAGUGUUUCAGAAAAACACAGCAACCACAGAUUCAGACCCGUCGAUGAAGCUGCACGACAACACAAGAAGGAACUUCAGGAAACUCUGGAGCCCUUAAAGGAGAAGUUAAAGGUUUGUGAACAAGUUAAAGUGAAGUGUGAUCAAACAGCAGAACACAUGAAGGUCCAGGCCCGACACACAGAGAGGCAGAUUAAGGAGCAGUUCAAGAAGCUUCACCAGUUUCUAGAGGAGGAAGAGGAGGCCAGGAUGGCUGCACUGAGGGAGGAAGAGGAGCAGAAGAGUCAGAUGAUGAAGGAGAAGAUGGAGGCUCUGAGCAGAGAGAUAGCAGCUCUUUCAGACACAGUCAGAGCCACAGAGGAGGAGCUGAGAGCUGAAGACGUCUCAUUCCUGCUCAACUACAAGGCUGCAGUGGAAAGAGUCCAGCAGCGCCCCCUGCUGGAUGAUCCACAGCUGCCCUCAGGAGCUCUGAUAGACCAGGCCAAACACCUGGGCAACCUGACCUUCAACAUCUGGAACAAGAUGAAGGACAUGGUCUCCUACACUCCUCUCAUUCUGGACCCAAACACUGCUUAUCCAUAUCUCAUCCUGUCUGAAGAUCUGACCAGUGUGAGAGGAGGAAACGAACAGCAGCUUCCUGACAAUCCAGAGAGGUUUGAUCAUUACUACUGUGUCCUGGGCUCUGAGGGCUUUAACUCAGGGACUCACAGCUGGGAUGUCGAGGUUGGAACCAGUACAGGCUGGACACUGGGUGUGUUAGCAGAGUCUGUCCAGAGGAAGGGAGACAACAAAGAGUCUGGAUUGUGGGGAAUAGAGUUGUCUGGAGGUAAAUACUCAGCACGGUCACCAUCAACACUCACUGCUCUCAAAGUCCGGAAGAAGCUCCAGAGGAUCAGAGUGAAUCUGGACUGGAACAGAGGAAAGCUGUUGUUCUCUGAUCCUGAUACUAACACAAACAUAAACACCUUCACACACACUUUCACUGAGAGGCUGUUUCCAUUGAUUAGCCCUGUGGGUGAAGUGAAGAUCUCAGCAGUGAAGGUCUGUGUGACAGUGGAACAGAGCAGUUAGAGAUAAAGAGGAUGAUUAUAUUCAUGAUGUUGUUGAUUUCUUAAAGGGAAAAGUCUCUGAAUUUAACCUGUUUAGUUGCACCUGUCCUCCUGCUGUCUCAUUAUUCCAAACACAUUUUAACAUUUAACCAAACACAUUUUAAAGACAUUAUUCCAAUCACUUUAUUUUCUUUCACUUGUUGUUUUUUAUUGGUUGUAUUUUCUGUUACUUGUUAUUUAGUUUGACAAUCAGCUUUUAGUUUCUGCUGUCUGCCUUUUCAUAUGUAAAAUGCUUUCACUGAGUUUCUUUAUGUUUUGCUUUGGUUUGUUUUUUAUCCACACUGUGCUGAAUAAAAAGGUUGUUCAUGUUUUAUUAUUGUGACUUGUGUGUGUGGAGCCAUGAAGAC